AUGGCAUCCCAAGUCAAGCCUCAAGUCGUGCAAACUAAUGGAGCGACCGGCUCCAAGGAGCGCAACAGGAUCUUCGAAAACGCAAUUCGAAGUAUCAAGCUCUUUGCCGAAAACCCUGAUUUUCAACAAGCAUCUGACACAUUUGACGAUAUUGAUGACCAGAAAGAGGAGAUAAAGUUAAUGACCCAAGAGAUUUCCAAUCUCCGAGAGGAUCUCAAGGCUCAAAAGGAGAAGAAAAAAACCACAGUUGAGGAGAUCAUGCUGAUCAACAAAGAUCUUGAAUCCGAGCUCAACCAAAGUAAUGAAAAGUAUCAGUCUCUGGAAAAAUUACUGAAAGAGAAAGGAGAAAGUCUGGCGAAGAGUUCUCAGCAGGUGGAAACUAUUCAGAGAAGUAUGAUGGCUCUCAGCUCCGACCUUUCGAAGAAGAAGGCGAGUGUUGAGCAAUCUGCUCGGGAUAUCACUGUUUUAGAGGAGAGCUUGAAGGAAAAGGAUAACAUGAUUGACGGAUUGAAAAGUGCUGGAACCAAGUGUAGAGACAUGCUUGCAUCGGAAAAGAAGCGAUCCGAUGGACUGGAGAAAGACAGAGCGUCUCUACACCAGGCACUUAAACAGUCUGAAGUGCGGUUGCAGAAAUUGGAAAGCUUUGCUCUCACUCAUACUGAGACAGAUGAGGACUCGAUGGUUGACAGCUUCUCGGAACUCUGGGACUUUGCCGCGGUGGAGUUGUAUACUGUUCUAAAACAGGACCUUGGCGGCGAAGCUUUGAAUAAUAGAGAGUCCUGGGAAAAUCUUCGUCAAAAAGCUCUGACUGUUGGAGAUAAUCCCGUACCUCUGCCACUUUCAAAUUCCACCGCUGCCAAGGGAAUGCGUCUAGCCAUAAUUCUAUCUGUGUUGUCGCGGGAGAUCGAUAAAAACAUCUUUCAACCAAACUAUCUUAUUCCUGAUGAACGACUUGACUUUAAAAAAAUUCUCAGUCACCUCGCAACAACCGAGAAAGAGAAGGAAUCGUUCUGCCGCUCCAUGCUUCUUUCAAUUAACCUGGAAUCCCAACAAAGGUCUCUACAGAAACGAGUCCAAUCCGUUAUUCAAAACGUAUCAUUCUAUAUUACCGGAUUACUCUCCGAAUACCAGACCCGCAACUUUCUAGAGCGCAUUCGCAGUAUAUGUCAAAAGGCAAUUGACGUCUGGCUGCCGAUUCAACGUGCGCAGGCCAAAUAUGAAUCAGACUUCGUCCCUCGCGAAUGGGAUGAUGAAGAAUGGUGCCUUUUUGAAUUCCCGGGUGAUAAUGAUAAAUUGAAACAGAGUGAAAUUGAUACCAAGGCAUCGGAUGAUGUUUUGCUAACCAUCUUCCCGCGCAUAUCACUUGUUGUGGGAAAUACCCGUCAUCCUUUGACUACGGUUAUACAGCUUAGGAAAUCGCAGAAUCUAUGCCUAAGUGCGGUGGGUGAACUUAAUCCGCCUUCUACUAGCCCCACGACUGGUCAGGUAUCUUCGUCUCGAGGACGACGGAAGUCUAUUGUUCCAAAUGGAAAUGGAAAUGGGGAUGCGAAUGGGAAUGGGAACCGACCUAACGGAAAGUCUUUUUUAGGAAGAUCUUGA